AAGAAGCCUCUUAGCAGCUACACAGCACCUUCACUUACUCUCCUUUAUCCUAUAACUUCUUGAUGUUUUUAGUGAACAAUUUGUCAUCUUUAAAUGCUCAUUGAUUUCAAAUCCUCAUAGCCAUAAAUUUACUUGUUUUCUUGUUUUCAAACACACCAUUUAGUGCCAUUGGACUAACUCUUUUAUUUAAGUUCAUAAGAAAAAAGAUUGAAUCUUUUUGCACUUCUGGCACAGAAGAUUGAGUCUUUUGGCACCGAGGGUUGAAUUUUUUUUGGCACUUUUGGCACUGAAGAUUGAAUCUUUUUGCAUUUUUGGCACUGAAGAUUGAGUGUUUUUGCACUUUUGGCACUGAAGAUAGAAUCUUUUUGCACUUUUGGCACUGAAGAUUGAGUCUUUUUGCACUUUUGUCACUGAAGAUUGAAUCUUUUUGCAUUUUUUUCCACUAAAGAUUGAAUCUUUUUGCAUUUUUGUCACUGAAGAUUGAAUCUUUUUGCACUUUUGUCCCUCAAAAUUGAAUCUUUUUGCAUAUUUAUCACUCAAAAUUGAAUCUUUUUACAUUUUUGUCACUGAAUAUUGAUCCCCAAAUGGAGAAAGUUAAAGCUUGGGACAAAAAGACUUUGAUAACUGAGCUUACACAAGGGAAAGAUUGUGUAAACAAGCUUAAAAACCAAUUUGAUCCUUUGGCUUCACCAGAGGAAUGUGAUUUACUACUUGAGAAAAUACUUUCAUCACUUGACAAAUCAUUGUCAAUUUUGAAUUGGAAGGUUUUUAAUGGAACUAGUGACCCUUUUUCUUGUUGUUCAACAAUUUCAGUACCUGGAAAUGGUACAAGUUUAAAGACUGAAGGUUCUGAUUUGGAGUAUUUGAGGGAUCAAGGCCAAAAUAAGAAGAGAAAGAUGUUGCAGCCGUGGAGCAAGCAAGUUAGAGUAUCUGGGACAGAGCUAGAAAGUUUUAAUCAUGAUGAUGGCUAUAGUUGGAGAAAAUAUGGGCAGAAAUAUAUCUUAGGAGCUAAUCAUCCAAGGGCUUAUUACAGAUGCACUCACAGGAAACAAGGCUGCUUUGCAACAAAGCAAGUUCAAAAAUCAGAUGAAGACCCUUUAGUCUUUGAAGUCACAUAUAAAGGAAAACACACUUGCAAAGCCUCACAAUCAUCAAGAUUCAUUUCAUAUGAAAACCAAAAGAAAUAUUGUGACAAGAAUCAGUGUCAACUAAAGAAACAAAAAGUGGGAAAUCAAAAAGUUGAAAAGUUGAAUAUCAAAGAAGAAGCUUUUCCUUUCACUCCACUAAAAUGUGAAAGUGAAAAUGCACAAAUCUUUUCCAAUUCAAUAGAGCCAUUUAUAUCUCCAAUAACAUCAGAAUCCAUGUACUUGUCAUUGUUGCCAAAUCAAGAAGAGGAGUUUGAGAUGGGCAAGAUUUUGCAGAGCUCAGAAUCGAAUCGUAUUGAGUUUAUUUCAACACCAACAUCAGUCAUUCAUUCGCCAUUUUGUUCUGACUGGGAUUUAUCAAUGGAUGGUGAACUUGAUAUUCGUGAUCCGAACUUGAUGAUUGACAUAUCUGAAUAUUUCACCUAGCUUGAGAGCACUGACAGAGUCAGAAAUUUUUGUAAGGGAAUUGAAAGGAUACUAGAGCGUCACAUCUCAGAUUUAAACGAGUGACUUAAAUUCGGGUCAUAUUGAGUGUAUUUCCACACUUAACUUGCGAGCCAACUUUUUGAACUAGUUGUACUUUUUGUACUAUUUGUUUUAGUCUUAUUGAAGUUCUUAAUUAGCAGGAUGCUCCUAGGCCAAUUGGAAUAGAACUUGAAUAGGCAAUGUGCUUACCAUGAACUCUGACAACACUUGUCACAAACGGAAUAAAAAUGUCAAGUGGCUACAAGUGUUAAGCUUUGUCUAAAGUA